AAUGAAGUGCGGUUUGGUUUCCUUGUCAACGGAAGAUGAAGUGAACAACUGAACAUCUCCCCAGUGCAGGGUUAAAGCCAAGUGACCCAACCAUGACCGGCAAAACACAGACCAGCAAUGUCACCAAUAAGAACGAUCCCAAGUCCAUCAACUCCAGAGUCUUCAUUGGCAAUCUGAACACAGCCAUUGUCAAAAAAGGCGACAUAGAGGCGAUCUUUGCAAAGUACGGGAAAAUAGUUGGCUGCUCCGUGCACAAAGGCUAUGCAUUCGUACAGUACAUGAGUGAGAGACACGCGAGAGCUGCAGUGGCGGGCGAGAAUGCCAGGAUCAUUGCAGGGCAGCCCCUAGAUAUCAACAUGGCAGGAGAACCAAAACCAUAUAGACCAAAACCUGGCAACAAAAGACCACUGUCAGCACUUUACAGACUUGAAUCAAAAGAACCUUUCUUGUCCGUUGGUGGUUAUGUCUUCGACUAUGAUUACUACAGGGAUGAUUUCUACAAUCGGUUGUUUGACUACCAUGGCCGUGUCCCCCCUCCACCCCGUGCAGUGAUACCACUCAAGCGUCCUCGUGUAGCUGUGACAACAACUCGCAGAGGCAAAGGAGUAUUUUCCAUGAAAGGAGCAUCACGAUCCACAUCAAGUGGAGCUUCUUCCUCAGGAUCCAAAUUGAAGUCAGAUGAAUUGCAAACAAUCAAGAAGGAAUUAACCCAAAUCAAAACAAAAAUUGACUCCUUGCUAGGGAGACUGGAAAAGAUUGAAAAACAGCAAAAAGCUGAGGCAGAAGCUCAAAAGAAACAAAUGGAAGAUAAUGCUGAUUUGAUUCAAGAGGAAUGCAUAUCAGAGAAUGCAGAUAACUCUACAGAAGAGCCAAUUGAAGGAGGGCCAGAUGCAGAUGGGGAUGGAGAAGAGAUGACUGAUGGGAUAGAGGAGGAUUUUGAUGAGGAUGGCAGCAAUGAGCUGUUUCUACAGAUCAAGUGAUGAGAUGUCAUGUGUGAACCCCCUGAAGGCUGAGAAGAGAAACUUCCCCACACAAAAUUGUGAACUGC